AUGAAAACCUCUAGUGCACCAAAACCACAAAGCAGCAGUACUUAUGUUCUGACUCCCCAAAGCAGCCAAUACUCUGGCCAGGGCUCCCGGCCUCAAAGUGUUUCCUACAGCCUGACUCCUCAAAGCAGCCAAUACUCUGGCCAGGGCUCCCGGCCUCAAAGUGUUUCCUACAGCCUGGGCUCCCGGCCUCAAAGUGUUUCCUACACCCUGACUCCUCAAAGCAGCCAAUACUCUGGCCAGGGCUCCCGGCCUCAAAGUGUUUCCUACACCCUGACUCCUCAAAGCAGCCAAUACUCUGGCCAGGGUGGAUCUGGUUAUGCAGGUGGCAGCAAUGGUUGUGGACAAGGGGUCUCCUAUGACAGCAAUCCCUGCCACCAGGAUGGAUCACAGGGUGGUCAGGGUGGAUCACCAUCCUCCCAAAGUUAUGGUGCCAACCAGGGUGGAUCCUACUCGCAAGGCUAUUCAGGUGGCCAAGGUGAAUCCUACUCGCAAGGCUAUUCAGGUGGCCAAGGUGGAUCAGACACCUAUUACAAUAAUCAGGAUUCCCAAGGUUACUCAGACGAUAAUGCUUGUGAUGAUGUGAGUAUUCUUUCUAGUAUAUUUUCAUCAGAGUAUUUUUCAUGUAGAUAGGAAAUAUUGCACUGCCAGAUGCAACCUUAUGAGCAGAAUGAUCCAGAAAGAAUGUUGAUUUCCCACACUAAUAGCAUGUUUCAGCAACUGCAUGUUUUCUUGCUGAAAAUUGUCAUGUAAGUGUUGGCAGAUGCAUUUUGUGGUUUUAAAUGCAUUUAGCUUGGUGAACUGAAAUAUGGAUAAAAAACUUUGGUGCCUUUGCAGUAACGAAAAAUUUCACUUAAAACCUAGGAUAAAUUUUACAGUAAUGUCCCAUAGAUAAACUUUAGCUGCAUACAAGGAAGAAAAAAAAGAGUUACAGUGGCUGAUAUUCCACUGUUCUUCAUGUUACAUUCCUACUAAUCCAAAGUUGCUAUUAAAAUCUUUUUCAGACUGGAAUGGUGGGAUUUCAGACUGAUUUAAGCAAGG